CAGGAGGAACUUCUGCUUUGCGAGAGGAGACAGCCCUCGAUCAGCCAAAAAUGUUUCAAAAUGGCCAAAAGGAAGAACAUCAAACAGAAAGAUGGAGUGUCAACUGCUGCUUCUGCUCUUAUCGGCGGCAGCCAUCAUGGCCCUACCGACGGGGGAAGGGGAAUGGAAGAGAGGAUUCUUCAACAAGCGUGGCUUCUUCAACAAGCGACUCCACCUGGACCAAGCGGCGGCCCUGGACCAAGCGGCGACCCUGGACCAAGCGGCCGCCCAGGACCCAGCGGCGGCCCAGGACCAAGCGGCGGCCCCCCCGCUGGAUGAGUCGAAGCGGUCCUGGCUCUACCCGCCCGUCUGGCUCCUCUUCGACAGCGAGGCCCCGCCGGACCUGAGGGGCGGAGGGGAGGAGGACCAGGAAGCGACGCGGCGGAGGCUCCACGUCCUACUCAGACAGAUGAGGAGCGGGAUCCACUCGCCGUGCUCCUAGAUAGUCUUCGAACCUCCAUCGUGCUCAUUUUCCCUUUCUCCUCUCUUCCCUGGUGGCUGGUGCGAGGGUCAGAUUGCCGCAAUAAACAGAUCAAGUUCCCCCAUAUGCAUCUUCCAUGAGUUUCUUUUUAAGCCGUCUCUGUAGAUGCUGAAGAUGAUCCUCAGCGGUUGUGGGGAAAAGUUAAUUGCACACGAAGGAUACUCAAGCCUCAUAGUUCGGGUCAGCCUCUUGGUAUGAAUUAUAUAAUCCAU